UCCUUUGGCUCGGCUGUGACCAGCUCCAUCCUCUCCCUCAACUGUCUCCUUAGUGUAGCCAUUCCACCAAACUGUCUCAGUGGGCAAUCUGGGAGGCAGAAGGCUCCUUCCAUCAUCAGCUUUGCUGAAAGCCCAGCUCUAUCAGGCACCUCCUACCCAUCAACUGUGCCAGCUGGUCAUUAUAAGAACAACUGUUCUAAGAACUGGUGCCUGAGUUUGAUUUUUUCCUCCUCCCUCCCCGUCCCUUCUCCCUUGCGUGUCCCGUUUUGUAAGCCUGCGGUUAUAGAAUAUACACAAGAAUCCUAACUAUCUUCUGCAGCUUACUUUUUAAGAAUAGCUCCCUCUCCCCGCCCGCCCACUUCGCGUCUCUUAGCUCCGCAGCUACUCAGCGCCAAGGAUCCGAGGCGGAAGCCAGCUGUGCCCGGUCCUAGUGAGGGCGGAAGAGGACAGAAGAAGGUCUCACAGGGGAACCGCCGCAGUCCUGGGACGGGCGCUUUAAUCGGAGCCGUCUCCAUGCGCGCGCAUCUCGAAUAGCCACUCAGAACGAGACCUGUGACCUUUUUUUCUUUUUCCCGAGGGCGGGGGGAGGAGGAGGCUCCUCCGCUCCUCUACAUCAACCCCGCCCCCCGCCCCUCUUCUCUGCCUCCUUACCGAAGGAGCUGCUUCGCUCUGCUCCCAUUCUAAGGGCGCUGCGCGAGGGAACGCAACAGCCGACCAAUGACAACAGGCGUUGCUUGGGAAAGCGCGUAGCUGCGCCGGGUGGCGUGCCGGGAAGGCGCCGCAGUGAGCAAAAUGGCGGCGCCGGUGGUGGCAACUUUGCCGCCUCAGCUCGCGGGCAAGUUCAAGGGAUCCUUUGCAUACAAUACAAUUAAAGACAAGCUGCCAGUAAUCCUGACUAGAGUUAUCAAUAAUCUGGAGCAACAUAAAAAUGAAUUCUUUGAAGAACAUGGUGAAAAAGGUAUUGAAGCAGAGAAGAAAGUUAUAGUCCUUCUGACCAAGUUACGAGAUGAGCUGCAGGCAGACAAGCCACUGACUUCCUUGAAUGAUAGCCUCCCUGACACCACUCUGUGGAACCAGUGCUUAGAAUAUCAUCAAAAAUCAUCAGAUGGACCACCAAGCUGGUUUCAGUCUCCUUGGCUAUAUACAGAGUGUUAUAUGUAUCGUAGAAUUCAUGAGGCACUCGCUCAGAACACCUAUCUACAAGAGCUGUUGAAAAACAUAAAGGGCCUAGAUGAAAAAUCCCUGAAGGAAGAAUUUUUGAAGCUGCUACAGGGAGCUCAUAAUUAUUUUCUGUCGGAUGUUCCUGUUACUCGAGAGCAGCUGUGCCACUAUCGGAAUGCAGCAGAAACAGCUCGUAGUGAGUUAGCAGCACUCCUGGUGAAGUAUGAAUGUUCCCAGGCAGAGCUUCAAGAUCUUAAAUCCAAAAUAGCCUCUAAAGAAGUAUCUGUUCAGGAACUGAAGGCUGACGUUGAAAGCUAUAAGCAGAACGAUGCUAGGCAAUCUUCUCUACUCCUCUCCAUGCAAAGCAGACUCCAGGAGAUUGAGAAGGAAUCUGGAACAAUUGCCUUUUCUAAAAAACAAGCAGACCUGAAAGCACAGGCCAUUCUCCAGGAGAAUUUGGAACUGAAAGAGAAAACCAGUGAACUGGAAAGUAAAGUCAGAACCUAUUUGAAUGAGUCUGAAGAGAGCAAGACCCAAGCCUCUAAGGCCAGCAGGGUGCAUAAUGAAUUCAUUGCACACCUUUGUCAUUUCUUUGACAUGAGCAUAAUAGAGAAAGAAGAGCCACAGGAAAUGCUGCUCUCAAAGAUCAGUGACAUGCACGAAGAAAAUAAAGUACUAAAAAGACAGAUUGCCACACUCCAGGAGACCACGAGUGUUCAUGACAUGGAGUCAAAAGCAAAUAGAGAAACCAUCAUGAGGCUCGUCUCAGAACUGAGCAAAGAACAGAGGCAGGCAGCAUCCUGCUGUCAAGACAUGGAAAAGUUAAGUAAUGAUCUGAGCAGCACCACGGCAGCUAAGCAGAACCUCGAGAGGGAGAUCAGAACCCUCCAAGAGAGACUGGCUGCAAGUCAAAGGGCUUGGGAAGUCUUGCAGGAGGAAAUGAGCCACCUAAAGAAACGUUGCCAUGAGAAAGAAGAGAACCUGAAAGCAAGCAUGGAAGAGGUCAGGGCUGAAAAGCGUCUGCACGAUGCAUUUAAAGAGCAAAUCAUCACCCUGCUUGGAAGCAGCUGCAUUAUAGCCAGUCGAUCUGAGGAGGACAUUGUAGAAAAAAUUCGAGAAAUGGUCCGCAAGGAGGAGAGCAAAAAAACAAUGGUAUCCCAGCUUGAAAGCCAAAUAGCUAAACUGACUGAGGCACUGGAGACUCAGGCUGUAUCACACCAGGAAGUUUUGCAGAGGACCAGAAAAGCAGAAAACAAAUCUGAGACACUUCACGAUCAAUUGAUGUGUCUGGAAGCGGAGCUGGUAUCUGGGGACGUGAUACGAGAUGCUUUGAAGCUCGAGAAACAAAAAUAUCUUAAAUUUCUGGAUCAACUUUCUGAAAAGAUGAAUCUUGACAGAAUGGCAGCGGAUAUUGGAUUUGAUAUGAGGUUGGAUGCAGUAUUGGCUCGUGCAGACCAAUUGAUCAAACUGGAAGGAGACACGUUAACUGAGAAUAAGAUCCUGGCUCGCAAUCUACAAAGAAAGUUGAGAACUCAGAAAGAGCAGCUUGACAGCAAAGAGCUACACAUGAAACUUUUGCGUCAGAAGAUAGCACAGCUAGAAGAAGAGAAGCAAGUGCGCACAGCCCUGGCUGUGGAAAGAGAUGAUGCCAACCUGAUGGUCAGAAAACUACAAAAAAAGGUGGACAGAUUACAGAAUGAACUUGCCUUAGCAAGAGAAACAAAUACAGACCUGAAAGCUAAACUGGCUGACACCAACGAACUGAAGAUCAGGACACUGGAGCAGGACAGAACCAUAGAAGAUCUAAGCAAGUCCCAAGAGAAACUGGAAAAGAUGAAGGCAAAGGCUGAGAAGCAGCUGACCUCUGUCAAAUCAGAGUUGCAUGAUGUAGAGCGUGAAGCAAAGGAAGAUAAAGAGAAGGCCAAAAGCAGACUGGAAUCUGUUACCAGUGAACUGGGAACACUUAAAUCUACUCUACAGGCAGUGAUGAAAAGAGAGAAACAGCUGGCGGACUUCAGAGAAGUCGUCUCCCGAAUGCUGGGUCUCAAUAUUGCCACCAUUGCUCUUCCUGACUAUGAAAUAAUUACUCGUCUAGAGGGGCUGAUCCAUUCCCAUCCACAUCACUUUGUUCCCUGUGUCUGCUUCAAAGAUAUGUCGGUGAGGCAAGAUGGAUCAUUGCAGCUUCUCCACUGAACACGUUCCCUUUGCAACAGUAAUGAGGACUGAGUAGAAUUCCUGUCCUGGUGGUCCUCUUCUCUUUGCUAGUAUAAAUGUUCCAGGAUUUGACACUGAAUGUUGGUGAUAAAAUUAUAGAGGGCCUACAGUGAGAGUGCUUUUUAAAAAAAUGUAAAUGUCUGUAAUACGUUUCAGAAGAUCGACCAACACCCGUGAAGUUCAAUAGCCAUGAAGUAUCUUAAUAAACAGCAUUCUGUUACAGCUGAACAUCUUAUGCACUGGAUAUCAAAAAUGGAAAGAACAUUAUUACCGUUGUCAUCCAUUAGUGAGACCUUGCUCAUGGAUGCUGAGCCCAAUUUUGAACAGUUCAUCUGCCGCAGGUCACCCCACCACAGAGGGUCCCCUUAUUUUAGGGGCCAUAGAAGUUCCUUUCCACCAACCCUGUUCCAUGAGUCCUUCUUGGGAUCCAAGUUUAUGUGUCAAUGCACUUGUUUUGCAAAACGAAAGAUAAGAGUAUUCCACAAGUCAUUAAUGUUCUUUUUCCUGGGCACAAUAAUCAGUUCAGCACUUUCACACCAAUUUGCAUCCCAGUUUGCAUUCUUUCCAGUCUUACUUUUUAUAGCUGUUCUCCACUACAGUACUUUUGUUUUUUUCUACUGCCACAUUACAACUGUCUUUAGUUAACAGAUGAAGAACAUCCUAAAAACUGUGCCAAAGAUUUUAAAUUUUUUUUUAAAGAGAGCUCUUCAACAGGAUUUUUUAUUCCCCUCUUACGUAUCACUCAUUUAUAUUUCUUAUGACAGGUUACCAGUUUUAAAAAUUGAGAGCAAAUAGGAAUAACAUGACAGAUUAGUUGCAGCUGUGGAAUUCCUUGGACAAAAAA